AUGGCGGCCUACGGAGCCGUACUGACGGAAUGUUUCUCAUCAAUUGACACAGAAAUUGUCGAUUAUAUAAAUGGUCUUCUUGAAGAUGGACAUGAUGACUUUGACACACCAGAUGACCUGUUCGAGGCCAUUGGAAUCAUGUUAUUACAAACUGAUGAAAACAAAUCUGAAGAUGACAUCAAGGAUAUAUGUGGGAGGUUAUAUAAUAUCAUGAAUGGGUCUCGGGACAGUGUUUCUCCAGAGCAAUCUCACAAAAGGAUGCUGACUACUCCAGUUCAAAUGUCUCUACUGGGCGAGGAAAGCGAAUCACUAGUACAAACCAACAGUAUCUGGAUAGCAAAGAAGGAAAAUGCAUCGCAAGUGGAUCCAAAAAAAUUAGAAAAAGCAGAAGCAAAAAUUCUGAAAAACAAAGAUCGGAAAGGAAAUGUACCGAAACCAAAGACAAAUGGGGCGCAGGAAGAAGCCAGUGCUAGUCAACAAUUCAACAGAAAAGAUGUCAAGUUUGAUGCCUCUGGAGCUAACAGAUCAUAUGACAUUAAAAUUGACAACUUUGAUAUCGCAUUUGGUGAAAAGGUUCUGAUCACUGGUGCAUCUGUGCAAUUAUUAGCUGGACGGAGAUACGGCUUUGUUGGGAGAAAUGGUCUUGGUAAAACAACGUUACUAAGAAUGCUCUCCAAAAAACAUCUUAAGAUUCCCUCCCAUAUAUCAGUGUUACACGUAGAACAGGAAGUCCAUGGAGAUGAUACAGUGGCUCUACAGAGUGUACUGGAGUGUGACAUCAAGAGAGAGGCCUUACUACAGGAAGAAAGAGACAUUUCAAAUAAACUUUCUGCAAAUAAUACAAAAAGUGAUGGUGAAUUGUCAUCACGAUUAACAGAGAUUUACCACGAGUUAGAAGCUAUGGAUGCUGCAAAGGCACCCUCAAGAGCUGGUGUCAUUCUAGCAGGCCUAGGAUUUACACCUAAAAUGCAGGCUGCUCCCACAAAAGAAUUCUCAGGAGGCUGGCGAAUGAGAUUGGCUUUGGCAAGGGCACUGUUUUCAAAGCCAGACUUACUGUUACUUGAUGAACCUACUAACAUGUUGGAUAUGAAAGCAAUCAUAUGGUUGGAAAACUAUUUACAGAGCUGGCCCACCACGAUAUUAGUUGUUUCUCACGACCGUCAGUUCCUAAACGCUGUAGCUACUGACAUUCUCUCACUACACAACCAGAAGAUAGACACGUACCGCGGUAACUAUGAAGUGUUUCAUAAAACACGGGAAGAGCGAUUACUGGCCCAACAAAGAGAGUUUGAAGCACAACAACAGUACCGUGACCAUAUACAGGUUUUCAUCGAUAAGUUCAGAUACAAUGCCAAACGUGCUUCACAAGUCCAGAGUAAAUUAAAGAUAUUAGAAAAAUUACCAAAACUUGUACCAGUGGAAAAAGAAUCCAAAGUCCAGUUCAAAUUUCCUGAAUGUGAAAAAUUGUCACCUCCUAUCCUGAUGUUAGACGAAGUUAAUUUCUACUAUUCUAAGGAGAGAAUAAUAUUCAAAAAUAUAUGUUUAAAUGCUAAUAUGGACUCCAGAAUUUGUAUAGUUGGAGAGAACGGUGCUGGUAAAACUACUCUACUAAAGAUAUUGUUAGGAACCCUGGAUCCUGUAAGUGGUAUCCGUCAUGUACAUCGCAAUCUUUCCAUCGGCUACUUUAGUCAGCACCAUGUUGACCAGCUUGCCAUGGACCUGUCCUCAUUAGAACUGAUGGCUGAGCGAUUCCCAGGUCUGAACUCUGAGGUGUACCGGGGAAAGCUUGGGAUGUAUGGUGUGAGUGGUGACCUUGCCCUACGACCAGUGUCCAGUCUCUCUGGAGGUCAAAAAUCAAGGGUUGCAUUUGCUUUGCUUGGAAUGAAAAAUCCUAAUUUCUUCAUCCUUGACGAACCUACCAAUCAUUUGGAUAUGGAGACAAUAGAAGCCCUAGGUCAUGCAUUGCUGAAAUUCCAGGGUGGAGUUGUGCUUGUUUCUCAUGACGAGCGUCUUAUACGAAUGCUAUGCAAGGAAUUGUGGGUAGUGAGGAAUGGUGGUGUGGAGACUUUAGAAGGAGGCAUUGAUGAAUAUAAGAAUAUUGUGGAGAAGGAACUGGAACUAAACUGUUGAUGAGUGUCCCUUUGUAUGUUUUAUAUGAUCGACCUGCAGUGUAAUCAUGAUAGAGGUCUGAAACCAACCAAACACAACAAUUAAACCUUAGUAAAUUGGUCAUAUCGGCUGAUCUACAGGGAAACCUGUGUAAACUGGUCAUAUCAGCUGAUCUACAGUAAAACCUGUGUAAACUGGUCAUAUCAGCUGAUCUACAGGUAAACCUGUGUAAACUGGUCAUAUCAGCUGAUCUACAGGUAAACCUGAGUAAACUGGUCAUAUCAGCUGAUCUACUGGUAAACCUGUGUAAACUGGUCAUUUCAGUUGAUCUACAGUAAAACCUGUGUAAACUGGUCAUAUCAGCUGAUCUACAGGUAAACCUGAGUAAACUGGUCAUAUCAGCUGAUCUACAGGUAAACUUGAAAAAACUGGUCAUAUCAGCUGAUCUACAGGUAAACCUGUGUAAACUGGUCAUAUCAGCUGUUCUACACUUAAACCUGUGUAAACUGGUCAUAUCAGCUGAUCUACAGUUAAACCUGUGUAAACUGGUCAUAUCAACUGAUCUACAGUUAAACCUGUGUAAACUGGUCAUAUCAGCUGAUCUACAGGUAAACCUGUGUAAACUGGUCAUAUCUGCUGAUCUACAGUUAAACCUGUGUAAACUGGUCAUAUCAACUGAUCUACAGUAAAACCUGUGUAAACUGGUCAUAUCAGCAGAUCUACAGAUCUACAGUUAAACCUGUGUAAACUGGUCAUAUUAGCAGAUCUACAGGUAAAACCUGUGUAAACUGGCCAUAUCAGCUGAUCUACAGUAAAACCUGUGUAAACCAGUCAUGUGAGGUGUUCUACCUCAAUACACUAAAUAUGCAUCAGCUGAUCUAUAGAUAAAUUUAUAAAAAAAACUUUGCACAUCAGCUGUCAGAUCUAUGAUGAAAUACUCCUAGACAGAACACAUCAGCCAAUCACUUCAUGAUCAAUUGUUAACCUCAACACAAUUAACUGGUGCACACAAGCUUUGAUGAUAGUUGUGUGAAUGUACAAUAUAAAUGUAUUUAUCUUAAUGGAGGUCAACUGCAAAUUUAUGACUGGAGUAGAUAUGUAAAUCUUUGGGGUUGUUUUGAUUAAAAUGUGUUUGUGUAUGCAUACAUUGGUUGAACAUGAAUGUUAAAUAAAAUGUGUACAAUAUGA